UUUCCUCCUAAUUUUCUAAUUAUUAUCUGUAGUACACGUGCAGGUGAGGCACUGCCACGCCCACUUCUCCUGGUGAUAUUUGAUCCCUUUGACUUGCCGUACUGCCUUCCCUUAUCUGUGAUCUGUUACACCAUCAAACACCUUCUCAGUUUGAAGAUCUGGAGAUUUCAUUCUUGUUUAUGUUUUCUUCUCAGUGUUGGAAAGACUUCACUCAUGAACCAAUAUGUGAACAAAAAAUUUAGCAACCAGUACAAAGCCACAAUAGGAGCCGAUUUCCUGACCAAGGAGGUGAUGGUGGAUGACAGACUGGUAACGAUGCAGAUCUGGGACACGGCCGGUCAGGAGAGGUUCCAGUCUUUGGGGGUUGCCUUCUACCGUGGAGCGGACUGCUGCGUCCUGGUUUUUGAUGUGACCGCCCCCAACACCUUCAAAACUCUCGACAGCUGGAGGGACGAGUUUCUAAUCCAGGCCAGCCCUCGAGAUCCCGAGAACUUUCCCUUUGUGGUUCUAGGCAACAAGAUCGAUCUGGAGAACAGACAGGUGAUCAUCUGAGACAGAUGAGUCCACGAGAGAGCGCCGCGGU